AUGCAAACCUACUUCCUCAUUCAGAUGUUGGUUCUUGACCUUGCUACAUCUCAAAUUUGUGUUUUUUUCUCUCUCUCCUUCUGCUCCCUUUCAAAUUCCCAGGACAGGAGAUGUGGAGGGGGGGUGUCUUUUCUCUCUGCCAUUUUAUAUGCUGACCCUUUUCCUCUUCCCCUCCCUGGCAGACGCUAUGGUAGUGUAGAGUCUGCCGCAAACGGGCACAGUGACGCUGAGUCUGCUUCCGGGUCAAGCAGGCGCACGAGCCGCCAGCCCUCGCUCGAGAGCAGGCGCUCCCUAGACCUAUCUGAUAGCCCCACUGGGAGCAGCCGCUAUGCCUCCUCGGAUGAGCUGAGCCAGGGUAGUUCGCAGCUGAGUGACGAAUUUGACCCCGAUGAUGUCAGCCUGGAUGAGCGGGACGGAGACUCCUACCACUCUUGCCACAGCUCCGUGAGCUAUCACAAGGACUCCCCGCACUGGGACGAAGAAGAGGAUGACUUCUACCUGGAGGAGGAUGAGUUCAACGAAGAGUACAAUGAGAACGAAGAGUACUAUCCCGAGGACAAGGCGCCCGACGCCGGCCAGGAAUCUUACCCCAAGGAGGCUUCUCUGCAGCAACCAGAACCCCAGCCGAAGGCCCCACAGGCCCAGCCACCCAUACAAUUUGCUCUAUCCCAGCAGAAGCCACCCCAGCAGGCCCAACAGCCCCAGCUCCAGCAGAAGCCGCCCCAACAGGUCCAAGCCCAGCCUCCACCACAGAAACCACCGCAACAGGCCCAACAACAGAUGCCGUCAGUGCAACAGAAGCAGCAGCAGCCCUUGCAGCAAAAAAUGCCUCCUCAGGGGCAGCAGAAGCAGCCUCCCCAACAGCCCCAGAUGCCCCCCGCGCAGCAGAAGCAGCCACCACAGCAGCAGCAGCAGCAACAGCAGCAGGUGCCCCCGAGGUUGCAACAGCAGGUCCAGAAAGAGGAGAAGGUGGACGAGGUUCCAAUUGUCUUGCAGGAGGAAAAACCAGCAGAAGAGAUCCCGAUUGUGGAGGAGACCCCCCAAGAAGAGCCCCCCAAGACAGAAGAGAAGGGAGCCGCAGUAAAGUUUCUGCGCUGCAUUAACAGCAUGCCCGACAUUAAGGCUGGACGUAAAUCUCUUCCGCUAGUGAUCAGCGAUCUGGGNAAUGACUUUAGGAUAGACAUCCGGUCCUGUGAGGCAGGCAAUGGGAACUCACUUUUGAAAUCUUGCCAAGAAUACCGCAGGGACUUGCUGGAUCUGGAGGCAUACUUGGUUUGUGCGCAAGGCCUGCAGGCGAAGGAUAAAACGGGCUCCAGUGACCCCUAUGUAACCGUCCAGGUUGGAAAGACCAAAAAGAGAACAAAAACCAUUUAUGGAAAUUUGAACCCCGUCUGGGAGGAAAACUUCCACUUUGAGUGUCAUAACUCCUCCGAUCGAAUUAAGGUUCGGGUAUGGGACGAAGACGAUGACAUCAAGUCUAGGGUAAAACAGCGCUUCAAGAGGGAAUCUGAUGACUUCCUGGGUCAGACGAUCAUUGAAGUACGGACACUGAGUGGAGAAAUGGAUGUCUGGUACAAUCUGGAUAAGAGAACAGAUAAGUCAGCUGUAUCCGGAGCUAUCCGAUUGCACAUUAGUGUGGAGAUCAAAGGAGAGGAGAAAGUGGCACCUUACCAUGUGCAAUACACCUGUCUUCAUGAAUUCAAGACCAACGGUGGGGCAUGGUGGGAGGGGGUUCAAGGUCUCACUAUUUUAACUUCAUUGACCUGCUUUGGGGGCUCUCUCAUUUUGCAGAAAGAACGGUUUGUCAAACUGCUGGACCAGCUACACAAUUCCCUGAGGAUCGAUCUCUCAAUGUAUCGGAAUAAUUUCCCUGCCAGCAGUCCUGAAAGACUGCAGGACCUUAAAUCAACAGUGGACCUCUUGACCAGCAUCACGUUCUUCCGGAUGAAGGUCCAAGAGCUCCAGAGUCCACCACGAGCCAGUCAGGUGGUAAAGGAUUGUGUGAAGGCCUGCCUCAACUCAACUUAUGAAUACAUCUUCAACAACUGCCAUGAACUCUAUAGUCGUGAAUACCAAACUGAUGCUGUGAGUGGGUGGUUUGAACCUUUUGUUAUCCAGUGGCUGGAUGAGAAUGAGGAAGUGUCACGAGAUUUCUUGCAUGGAGCAUUGGAACGGGACAAGAAAGAUGGGUUCCAACAAACCUCAGAACAUGCCCUUUUCUCCUGCUCUGUGGUUGAUGUCUUCUCCCAGCUCAACCAAAGCUUUGAAAUUAUCAAGAAGUUGGAGUGCCCUGAUCCACAGAUUGUAGGCCAUUACAUGCGCAGGUUUGCCAAGCCCUGUAUCCUGAUGAACAACAUACAGCAGUUGCGUGUCCAGCUAGAGAAGAUGUUUGAAGCUAUGGGAGGGAAAGAGUUGGACACAGAAGCCAGUGAUAUCCUCAAGGAACUUCAGGUGAAACUCAACAAUGUCUUGGAUGAACUAAGCCGAGUAUUUGCAACCAGUUUUCAGCCCCAUAUAGAGGACUGUGUGAAGCAGAUGGGAGACAUCCUGAGCCAAGUGAAAGGCACCGGGAACGUGCCUGCCAGUGCCUGCAGCAGCGUGGCUCAAGAUGCUGACAACGUCUUGCAGCCUAUUAUGGACCUCCUGGAUAGCAACUUGACUCUCUUUGCCAAAAUUUGCGAGAAGACUGUCCUGAAACGAGUGCUGAAGGAACUCUGGAAGCUUGUCAUGAAUACAAUGGAGAAGACAAUUGUACUUCCUCCACUAACUGACCAGACGAUGAUUGGAACCCUCUUAAGAAAGCAUGGCAAGGGAACUGAGAAGACUAGGGUGAAGCUCCCCAGUCACACUGAA